AGCGGUUCUAUUUCUAACCCGAUUUGCUUGUAUUUACCCCAGCUCUUGGUACAGUGCCUGACACAUAAGAAAUCUGGUUUCAUCUUACUCGGCCUUUGAUGGCGUUGGUUAUUCAGUGAGGCUCAUUUGAGUGAGGAUGGUGGUUCCUGGGAGCGCCCCUGUUAUACAGCAGGACCCGGCCCUCGAGCCGGACCUGGGGCGGAGCUCAGCGGAGAAUUCUGCCGUGGGUCAUGACGCGGGCCCAGCUGCCGAGCAGGUGGGCCCAGAGCUGGAGGAAGUGCGAAAGCUACAAGAACUAGUGAGAAGACUCGAGGUCCAAAAUCAGCAGUUAAGAACCAGAAGCCAUAGGAGCGUGUCCAGUGCACAGAGUCAGGAAGAUCCCGGUGUGGGGAAUCAACAUGCUGAACUGAAUACGAUGGAAAUUAACAAUAGCAUCAAUUCUAUAACUGAAAAGCAAGAGUUACAAUUAAUGGCAGAUCUUCAGAGUCAGCUGAGCAAGAUGAGAAGCGAGGCGAAAGAAAACAACGGCUGCUUAAGGACAGAGGCGGAUACGAAAGCACGAUGUAGCUUCUUCGAUAACGCUUCCGACCCGAAACACGGUAUUAGCCCAGAGGUACAGAACGACGGUGUUGCCAUUGACGGCUUUUCACUCUCGGAUAGGGGUAGCGGUACCGAGUGUGUGGAAGACCUGAUCGCGGCGGACAUCGACCUCAUGGUUAAAAUGACUGAGCAACAUUCCGGGGCGGGGAGAGAUGAUUUGGGAGACCUCUUCAUUGACACUGCUUUAGAUGAAGUGGAAGUCCUGGAACUUGGGAACUGCAGUGACGGUGAUGAAGAUAGCUGGCUAUACGUCUCACCGAAAAGAAAGCCUACUAUGGAUCAGAAGACUGAAUCCCCUCUCAAAUGGUGCCGGCAAGUAUUGGACCAUCCCAGCCCAGAGACGGAAGCAGCCUGUCGAACACUCAUAAAUAGACUCGAUCAAGCAAGUAGGUGGAAAAGCCUCUAUUGCAGUCCACUGGCCUCACCAAGUGCACAUAACUCGAAUACAGAACCAGGUUCCUGUAGCAAUGCACUAAACUCUCCAGGGCACCUCAAAUCAACUAACAAACCGCUACUAACUUGUGGCAGCUCAGGUUAUUUGAGUAUCCAUUCUGCAUUGAGCUCUCAGUCUUCUGUAGAUAGUGAACUUAGUACUUCUGAUGACUCCAUCUCUAUGGGAUACAAAUUGCAGGACUUGACUGACGUUCAGGUUAUGGCUCGCCUACAAGAAGAGAGCCUCCGUCAGGACUGUGCCUCCAGUUCUGCCUCAGUGUCCCGUCGUAGUUCCAGUGCCUCCCUUCACUCGCUUCGAAAGGGCACUUACAGCGAUCAGGAGUUCGACACCUACAGCUUGGAAGACGAGGACGACUACGACUGCUCCCUGUCGUAUCGUAGCACGCACCGAUAUUCCCCCUCCCCACUCAGCUCUCCUCGCUGCCAGUCUCCCUCAGCAGGUGGAGACUACGGCAGGGCGACGCCAUCUCGAAUUAGACCCCCCAGGAGAUCUGUCCAAAGUCCAAUGCAGGACCGGAUGAAAUACACAAAUCAUGAAGAUGAAUUACGUCACAGUAUGCCCAACCUGGCUAGGACAAGCCUUCGCUCUUUGGAAUCGGUUCGAAGUAGCCGUAGUUUAGAGUCAGAUUUACAGGGGCCCAAUAGUCGGUUAUCUAGAAUUCAGCAACCAUCAUCAGGUUUGGCUCCUGGUAAACUCAGAUUUGCUUCCAACGCCGGGCAGUCUCCCUUAACUGUGCGGCAGUCAAUGAAGACAGGAUCAAGCACAAACUCUCUCUUAACCCCAAGGCAACCGGUAAAAGCUUCCAGCUACGUUAACCCUGCGGGCGGAGUUCGAAAGCCACCUGCAACUUUUAAUCCUGCGUCGUCGGCUAGCAAUUUCUCCACCACCAGAAAUAGCAGCGCGGCCACCGCAGCGAAAAACUCGCCGGCGAAGAUGCGACCGACAGUCGGAGGUGCGGCAGCUUCCAAGAGCAAGUUGACACAGCCAUCCAGGAGGUCUCUUCAGUCAGUGAAGACCAACAGUCUGCCCGCUGACGACUCCUGGAAAGAUGGCUGUUACUGAGCCAACCCAAAGAAGCAGUGGACUGCCAAGCAUUUGACUGCAUCUUAAGCCCAGCUGGCUGGGAAUUAUGUUUGCUCAUUUAUGGAGAGGCCUUUUUGGGAGCCAGUGCUCAGUCUCCCUGCCAUAUUGAAUUUUGCCAACGUCUUCAACGGUGAAAAUAAGCUCCUUUUCCAGCCACUCUGCCCCUGUUAUUUAUAAAAUAUAGCGCUGAAACCUCUAAAAAGCGAUCCAAAAAUCCCCUCCAGUCUUCAGACACGUGUUGCAGUUGUCUUGUACAAACUCUUGUCUAAUCGGAUGGCCCGAGGUUGAGUUCAGCCUGUGGCGUGCAUGCGGAAGCUUUGCUUAGGACGCAGGUUACGAUGCUACGAUGUCAGUAAGAAGCUCGACUCCCCCUUUCCCUCCCACCCUAAAUCGGUUUUCCUUGUACUCUAAAUGGAUGUCUUGGAGACGCGACCAAUCAGCUAGAUAAACUGUGGUAUAGCUGUGUUAGAAAUUAUAUUUUGUAAACUCAUCCAGUGUAGUUCCUUUUCCGUCUGUCUCCCACAGGUUUUUUUUACUCGCUGCUGGCUCGAACGCCGAUUUCUUCUGCCUUUUAUUGUUUUAAUACAAACGUCUUUCGAAAGUUCCCUAGUAAGUUAUAAAACCAGUUUGCCUCUUUCAGAACGGUUGGUGUCACGGCUGAGUUUGGGAGCGCACCCCACAAUAUUUGCGUGGGUGUUUGGACGCGCGGAGCUGCCUGCUCGAGGGCGUUUGGAAGUGGUUCUCGAUCUACCUUACCCCAGUCUCAACCGAUGACAGCACUUGGUUUUAUAUCAACGUUUUCUAUUUUUUCCUAUGAAAGACUAGAUUUUAAGAUCCGUCUCUGCCUAGGGCAAGUAGCCGAGACCACUUAAUCGUAGAACACACUGAGUGGGCCAGCAGUUUGUCAGCCUCAGUGUGAUUUGCUACGGGAGCUUAAGAUAUAAUGGUGCUAAGUGUUUUUAUUAAUAAGUACAGUCUCCUUUUUACUGAAUUAGAGUUUGUAUGAAACUAGAAUCCCAUCCUGUUAGGAUUUUCAAGAUUAUAGGUGCCAGCUGGUUCAAUAACCUUUCCUGUAAAAAGUUAACCACGUGCUUAAGUAAUGAUCAAUUUUCUGUAUAUUGAAAACCAAACUUUACAGAUGAGAAGAUUCCUUUCUUCCACCAUGUAUUUUUACCACCCUGUAGAAAGCUUUGCAGAGAUGAUCUUAUAAUAAAUGAGCUCUUCCAAGAAACACAGUG